AUGUCCUCAUUCGAAUCAGUGGUCGUCAUCGACGGCAAAGGACACCUCCUCGGUCGUCUGGCCAGCACUGUCGCCAAGCAGCUGCUCAACGGUCAGAAGAUCGUCGUCGUGAGAUGUGAGGCUCUCAACAUCUCCGGCGAGUUCUUCCGCGCGAAGCUCAAGUACCACGCCUACCUUCGCAAGAUGACUCGUUUCAACCCCACCCGUGGUGGUCCCUUCCACUUCCGCGCUCCUUCCCGUAUCCUCUACAAGGCCAUCCGCGGUAUGAUGCCCCACAAGACCGCCCGUGGUGCCGCCGCUCUGGAGCGCCUUAAGGUCUUCGAGGGUGUCCCCCCUCCCUACGACAAGAAGAAGCGUGUCGUUGUUCCCCAGGCUCUCCGUGUCCUGCGUCUCCGUCCCGGUCGCAAGUACUGCACCGUUGGCCGUCUCAGCCACGAGGUUGGCUGGAAGUACCAGGAUGUUGUUUCCAGACUCGAGGAGCGCCGGAAGGUCAAGAGCAAGGCUUACUACGAGCGCAAGAAGGCCGCUCGCCGUGUCCUUGCCAAGGCCGAGCAGGGAGCGAAUGUGGACAGCAAGACCAAGACCCAGCUUGCUCAGUAUGGCUACUAG